AUGGAAUCGGCACAAGAACAUGCCACCGAGCCUGAUUCGCAACCCAAGAAGCGAAAAUUCUCCCCCAUCCGCUGGGAUCCAGACGGCCAAUCAGCAGCUGCCACGCGGCCAAUCUCCGUCAUAAGGCACCGUAAGGAUCCGAUUCGUCCCGCCUCCGCAUCCUCUUCCCCUUCCGCUCCAUCUCCCCCCCCGUCCUCCACCUCCUCUGCGCAUCGAUCCCCCCUACCCACGCUUGCUUCCGCAAGAACUCCGCCUGCUGCCGACCGGGCGGAAGCGCAACGCUCGCCGCUCGGGGGCUCUCCGGCGCGCAGUGCGCAUCUGCGCUUGUCUGCGCAAGAUAGGCCAUCUCCGCUCAGUGGUGGCAGGCGCGCGGAAGAAGAGGAAAAGAGCGCGCCCGCAAGUGCGGGUGAAGCCGCGGGAGGCGCGGAAGGUGGUCAGGCGGCGGAGAGGGAAGCUGCGGGGAAUGGAGGGGGAGAUGGCAGGGUGGGCGCAAGCGGAGGCGGUCGGGGGGGAAGCGGGCUAGGGGGGAGAGUGCGCAAGCUGGUGCGGGAACGGCGGGAGGAGCGCUCGGCAACCCCGGAGAUCGUAGCGCGCGGGGAAACUGGCGGGGGAGAGUCGGGGGAAGCGGAGAGACAGGGGAAAACGGGGUGUGCGAGUGGGAAGGACGCGGGAGAGGGGAAAGGAGAGGGAGGAGGGGAGGAGGGAGGGCGGGAAGGGAGGGUUGGAGGGGAGAGCGAGAUAAGAAGCAGGCGAAGAUGGGGGGGAAAGGCGGCGGAUAAGGGGAAAGUGGGGGAAGAGGUGGCGCGGGAGGAAGGGGCGCGGAAGAAUGGGGAAGGGGAGGAAAGGUGGGAAGGAGGGAAGGAGGGUACGGGGAGUAUAAAGGAGGAAGAGGAAGGGGGUUCAAGUAGGAAAGAGUCAAAGGCGGAGAGGAGGGCAAGAAAAGGUAACGAAGGGGGGAAUGGGGAGGAAGAGGUGGAUGAGAGGGAGGAUAGUAAAGGGCGGAAGCGAGUGAAAAGGGGAGAUAGUGAUAAGAGGAGGGGUGAUGACGACGCGGGGAAGGGUGCCGCAGAGAAGGAAAGGAAGCGUGGGGCGGAGAGUAGGAAGGAUGUAAAGGUUACUGGCGGUAGUGACAGCAACCGAGGUGAUAGCAACGCUGAUACUGCUGAUAACGCUCAAGGGGCUGAUAACGCUGAAGGCGCUCAUACUCCCAAUGGUGAUGACAACGGGGAUACGCAGGAGGAGGAGAAGGGAGAGAAGGACGAGGGGAAGGAGGAAAAGGUGGAGGGAGAGGAGGAUGAGGAUGAUGAGGAGGAGGAGGAGGAGGAGAAGGAUGAUGAUGAGGAGGAGGAGGAGGGUGGGUUUGUGGAGUUUGACGAGCAGGAGAGGCGGAUUCCCAAGUCGCUGCGCGGGAUUGAUCAGCAGGGCUCCAUGAUGGGGUUGCUGGGUAACAGAUGGGCGCGGGAGAAUGAUGGUGACGGGGGUUCUGAUGGUGGCGGUGGUGGUGGUGAUGGUGGUGGUGGUGAGAGGGUAGGAGAUAGAAAUGGUAGAAAGGGGGAACCCAAGGCGAGUAUAAAGGGGAAGAGCAAGGCGAAAGGGAGGGGCGGGGGACAGCACGAGAGGCGCGAGAAGCGGAGGAGAAAGCGGGGCAGGAGUAGCAGCAGCAGCAGUGCCAGCAGCAGUGCCAGCAGCAGCAGCGACAGCAGCAGCGGCAGCAGCAGCAGUAGCAGCGGCGGCAGUGGCGGCAGCAAUGACAGGCGUGGCAAGGGCGGUAAGAAGGGCGUGGGCAGACAUGGCUCAAGGCGAGAUGCCGCAGAGAGGCAGGGGGCAGAGAGGCAGGAGGAAGGGAAGGAGAAGGAAAAGAAGCAGGAGGCAGGGCGGCAGGAGGAAGCGGGGCAGUCAGCAGGGAAGCAGGAGGCAGGAGGGAAGAGGCAGGAGGCAGAGAGGCAGCAGCAGCAGCAGGAGGAGGAGGCCGAGAGUGAGUACGAGCGGGAGCUGAACCGACGAGAGCUAGAGGAGCUGGCGAACGGCGUGGGGGAUGGCGGGGGCAGUGGGGACGAGCAAGGCAGCAUGGCCAUGCGGGACAGUGACGAGGAGGAGGAGGAGGGGGAGGGGGAGGCGGAGAGGGAUGACGAGAGAGGGUAUUACGGAGAGAGGAGGGCUGGGAGGGGUGGUGGAUACAGGGGGGGCGGGCGAGGGGAGGGGCGGUGGUGGAGCCGGGAGAGUGAUGAGAGUGGGGAUAGCGAUGGCAGUGGGGGGGGGGGGGGGGGUGGGGAUAACCCGAGGGGACGGGGGAGAGCAGGCAGGGGAGGGACAGCAGACAGAGCCCGGGGGGGCGGCCGGGACAAUAGGGACGAGCGGGACGGGAGAGAGGAGAGAGAGGAGCAGGAUGAGCAGGGCGCAAGGGAUAGGUCCGUGGCAGUGGCGGUGGCCGCAGCGACGGCGGCAGCAGCAGCAGCCAAGGGCGGGGAGGCGGCAGGCGUGGCAGGGUUCAUCUCUCUGCUCCGCAGCAGCGGGGGGUGCCGCAGCGUGGACGAAUUCGAACGCCUGAACCGCAUCGACGAGGGCACCUACGGCGUGGUAUACCGCGCGCGCGACAAGAAGACCGGGCGGGUGGUGGCGCUCAAAAAGGUCAAGAUGGAGCGGGAGAAGGAGGGGUUUCCGUUGACGUCCCUCCGCGAGAUCAACAUUCUGCUGUCGCUGCAUCACGAGGCGGUGGUGGGCGUGUGGGAGGUGGUGGUGGGGAGCAGUGUGGACAGUAUUUUCAUGGUGAUGGAGUAUAUGGACCACGAUGUGAAGAGUUUGAUGGAGAGCAUGAAGCACGCGUUCAGCCCCAGCGAGGUCAAGUGCCUCAUGCUGCAGUUGCUCAGUGGGGUCGACUACAUGCACGGCAACUGGGUGCUGCACAGGCGGGCUUUGAGGCGAAUCAAAACUCGGCUGCAGCUGCUCAGCGGGGUCGACUACAUGCACGACAACUGGGUGCUGCACAGGGAUCUGAAGACGUCCAACCUGCUGCUGAACAACCGCGGCGAGCUCAAGAUCUGUGACUUUGGUCUCGCACGCCAGUACGGGUCGCCACUGCGCGCCUACACUCACAUGGUCGUCACGCUCUGGUACAGAGCACCGGAGCUGCUGCUAGGGGUGCGCAAGUAUUCGACGGCGGUGGACAUGUGGUCCGUGGGAUGCAUCAUGGCUGAGUUUCUCUGCAAGGAGCCGCUGCUGCCGGGCAAGUCCGAACUCGACCAGAUCGACAAGAUAUUCAAGCUGCUGGGUACACCCACGGAGAAGAUCUGGCCUGAGUUUGCGCAGUUGCCCAGUGUGAAGCGAGUCAGCUUUGUCCGCCAGCCGUACAACCGGCUGAGGGAGCGCUUCCCAGCAGUAGCGUUUGGUGGCAAGCCUGCUCUCUCCGAUGCUGGCUUCGACCUGCUCAACCGCAUGCUCACAUACGACCCCACCAAGGUACGCUUGCAGGUGCUGCAGGUGCAGGUGCAGGUGCAGGUGCAGAAAGCCAAGCCAUUCUUCCACUGUCUUUUCAGUGGGAGGCUUCUAGGCUGUUUUCUGUUGAACGCGUGUGUAGUGUAUUCUGCUGCAUCUGCUGCAUCCGCUGUAAGUGGUGAAAUCAUGAUCAAUACCGUAUGGUCUCUCCUCUCCCCCUUGCCUUUCGGCUUGCCUAUCCUCUCCCCCUUUCCGUUCUGCUCCCCCUGCCGUGCACCAGCGCAUCACAGCAGCAGAGGCACUGCAGCAUGA